AUGGGCUGCACCAUCAGCGCCGAAGACAAAGCUGCGCUGGAGAGGAGCAAGAUGAUCGAUAAAAACCUGCGGGAAGACAAGGAGAAGUUACUGAGGGAAGUUAAGCUGCUUUUGCUUGGUGCUGGGGAAUCUGGGAAAAGCACACUCGUCAAGCAGAUGAAAAUCAUUCACGAAGAUGGCUACACAGAGGAAGAAUGCAGUCAAUACAAAGUGGUGGUCUACAGCAACACCAUCCAGUCCAUAAUUGCCAUCGUCCGGGCAAUGGGGCGCUUAAAGAUAGACUUCGGCAACGGGUCCAGCGCGGAUGACGCCCGGCAGCUGUUUGCGCUCGCCAGCUCGGCAGAGGAAGGGGCUAUGUCGGCGGAACUCAGCGGAGUGAUCCGUCGCCUGUGGGCAGACGGCGGCGUACAGGCCUGCUUUGACAGAUCGCGGGAAUAUCAGCUCAACGACUCGGCUGCAUACUACCUGAACGACUUGGAAAGGCUCUGCCAGCCCAACUACAUCCCGACCCAACAGGAUGUGCUCCGGACACGUGUCAAAACAACAGGCAUUGUGGAAACUCACUUCACUUUUAAAGAGCUCUACUUCAAGAUGUUUGACGUGGGAGGUCAGCGCUCGGAGAGGAAGAAGUGGAUCCAUUGUUUUGAGGAAGUCACGGCCAUCAUUUUCUGCGUCGCUCUCAACGACUACGAUCUUGUCUUGGCGGAGGAUGAGGAGAUGAACCGCAUGCAUGAGAGCAUGAAGCUGUUUGACUCUAUCUGCAACAACAAGUGGUUCACAGACACCUCCAUUAUCCUCUUCCUUAACAAGAAGGACCUGUUUGAGGAGAAGAUUGGCAAGAGUCCGCUCACAAUCUGCUACCCAGAGUACACAGGUGAGAACACGUACGAGGAGGCGGCCAUGUUCAUCCAGGGCCAGUUCGAAGACUUGAAUAAACAAAAGGGCAGCAAGGAGAUCUACACCCACUUCACAUGUGCCACUGAUACCAAGAACGUGCAGUUUGUGUUUGACGUCGUCACUGAUGUUAUCAUCAAGCUCAACCUGACGGAUAUCGGGCUCUACUAA